AUCAGGUACCGGAUCGUCUGGCUCGACAGCAGGCACCGGGUCAUCUGGCGCUGGAUCGUCUGGCUCAAUAGCGGGCAUCGGGUCACCAGGCAUGACAGCGGGCACUGGGUCCCAGGCAUUGGAUCGUCUGGCUCGACAGCGGGCAUCUGGGUCACCAGGCAUGACAGCGGGCACUGGGUCAAUCAGGCAUUGGAUCGUCUGGCUCGACAGCGGGCACCGGGUCAUCAGGUCCUGGAUCGUCUGGAUCAACAGCGGGCAUUGAGUCAACUGGCCUAAUAGGAUCAUCAGGCUGGAUCAAGUUCAUCAGGCUGGGUAGAAAACAUCAUGCUGGGUAGAGGCAUCAGGCUGAGUGGAGGCAUCAGGCUGAGUGGAGGCAUCAGGCUGGGUACAGGCAUCAGGCUGGGUACAGGCAUCAGGCUGGGUACAGGCAUCAGGCUGGGUACAGACCUCAGGCUGAAGUGCGGGUGCCGAGGCACCAGGCUGAACCACGGAUUAAAGGCAGGAUAGGUGCAGCGAGUGG